AUGUUGUACUCCAGUAUAGUCUUUUCUUGUCUCCUAGGGAUAGUUGUCGGCUUCGAAGGGUUAGAGCACCAUGACAACACAAAAACCCACGUCCACGAGCACCUUGAGCACGUCAAGACGAUCACCCUCACCAAGCAGAUCCCUCAGCCCUUCAAGGUGGAAGUCGAGAAGAAGGUGCCCUAUGAGGUGAAAGUUCCAGUGGAUAAACCUUACCCGGUAUACGUACCACAAGCGUACCCGGUCUACGUAGAAAAAAAGGUGCCAUACGAAGUCAAGGUUCCAGUCCCCAAGCCAUACAUUGUAGAGAAGAAGGUGCCCUACGAAGUCAAGGUUCCAGUGGACAAGCCCUAUCCUGUCGAGGUACCUCAACCUUACAACGUCUAUGUCGAAAAGAAGGUACCCUACAUCGUCGAAAAGAAAGUUCCCUAUCCUGUCAAAGUCCCAAUAGAAAAGAAGUACCCAGUUCACGUUCCAGUUGAGAAAGAAGUUCCUUUUCCUGUCAUCAAAGAAGUGCCAUAUACCGUGAAAGUGCCGGUAGAGAAGCCAGUGCCUUACAAAGUGGAGAAACCGGUGCCGUACAAGGUAGAGAAAGAAGUACCAUACCCUGUAGUCAAGGAGGUACCAUACCCUGUCAAGGUACCUUAUAAAGUUGAGAUCCCUUCCCAUGAGGGCCAUCAUGGAACCAGUGAGCAACUAUUCUCAGGGUUCGGUGGGUACACCAAAAACCACUUCGACCACGGCUUUGGGAGCCACUUCUGA